UUUCCGUUCACUCGCAUCGUUGUGCCUGAAGUGCUGAGUUCUUCUCACGAAGCUAAGGCCUUUUAAUCCGGCGACUAGCACCAUCAAAUUUAGGCAUCCACGUCUGAAACCUUAACCUGCUGACAGAACAAUGGCAUCUGUGUCCGAGUUGGCCUGUAUUUACUCCGCUCUCAUCCUCCACGAUGAUGAAGUGACAGUUACGGAGGACAAGCUCAACGCUCUGAUCAAAGCUGCUGGUGUGACCAUUGAGCCUUUUUGGCCCAGUCUCUUCGCCAAGGCUCUGUCCAGCGUUGACAUCGGCAGUCUGAUCUGUAACGUUGGUGCAGGUGGUGGAGCCGCUCCUGCGGCCGCAGCCGCCCCAGCAGGUGGAGACGCUCCAGCCAAGGAGGAGGAGAAGAAAGAGGAGAAGAAAGAAGAGUCCGAGGAGUCUGAUGACGACAUGGGCUUCGGUCUUUUUGACUAAAACAGUUGUUUUUAAUAAAAACUGAAAAAAAAUGGUAUAA